AAUUGCUAUUAACACACAAAUGAAGGUAAAUAAAAGAGCCAACAGUUUCCUUUACUAAGGACAUGACAUGAUGCAAAGGAACUCCAAUACCACCACCAACAACAACAACAACAUCUCCAAUAACUCAUCGUCGCAUCAAGCAUGUGCGUCAUGCAAACACCAAAGGAAGAAAUGCAACAACGAAUGUAUCUUAUCCCCGUAUUACCCAGCCCGCAAGACUAAAGAGUUUCAGGCCGUGCACAAGGUCUUCGGUGUCAGUAACGUACAGAAAAUGGUACGGACCGUACGUGAAGAGGACCGUACCAAGCUGUCUGAUUCUUUGACUUGGGAAGCUCUAUGGAGACAGAAAGAUCCGGUCCUUGGCUCAUACGGAGAGUAUAGGAGGGUUUGUGAAGAGCUCAAGUUAUACAAAAGCUUGGUUCAUAAUCAACCACUCCUUGGUUGGGAUAAUAAUCAUCAACGAGUAUAUACCAACAAUAACAACAACAAGACCGGAUUAGUGAUGAAUUCAAGUGGAUCGGUAGGAUUUUGUGUUAAUAACAAUGGUGUUGGCGGUGUGAAUGGGGAGAUUGUUAAUGGUGGAUCAUAUACAUCAAGGGAUUUGCAAGGUGGUUGGGAAAAUCUAAAGCACGAUCAAAGGCAACAAUGUUAUGCAGCAGUGAUCAAUGGUUUUAAACAAGGGCAAUACUAUCUCCCACGUUAAAUGUUUAAUUGUUACGUGUUCUAAUCGAAUACGAAGCAUGUUAUAUAGUUGACUAUUUCAUAAUUAUUGAAUUCGUGUUGUAUUUUAUGUCUCCCAGAGUUAAAAAAGUUGUACGGUUAUUCACUCAUUAUGUAUGUCCCUGCUGCAAU